AUAUCGCAUCCUCUCAAAAUCAUCACAUCCAGGUAUAUAAACCCAAUCGGCUCUUCACACCACGAACCGAAGGUUGUCCAAAUUUCGUAAAAUUCUAUAUCCCUCCUCCUCAUCGCUCCCAGGUCCAAAUUCUCCAAAAAUACACCAUCAAAAGCCUGCACCGUCGAGUCGCAUCACGUCCUCUUCCAUCUCUCUCUCUCUCUCUCUCUCUCUCUCUCUCUCUCUCUCUCUCUCUCUCUCUUACCCAGAGCAAAAGCCGACCUAUACGCUUAUACCUACCUACGCAUCACGCACACGCAGCAGUUCUCGGCUCUAAUAUCAUAUGGGCUGUGCUUCGUCCCCCAAGAGAAAAAGAAAGGCAUCGCGAGCUGAACAAGAGAGAAGAGGACAGCUGUACAGGCAACAACGCAGUAGCGGAAAGAGACGGAGCUACACCGUCUAUCGACUCUAUACUCGUGCAGUGUGACUACGCUGCAUUAUAUAGGUGGAGAGAGAAGGAAAGGCAUCAGCAGCAGCAGCUCUUUAAACGCGUUGUUCCGAUUUUCUGAGGACGACGGCCAACAUGCAGACGACCAAGUGACUCAAUUAGCGCAAAGAACUUUUUGAGGAUUUGUUUGUACUGAUUCGUCGAGAAGCGAAAAUGACUCAGGCUAACAGAAAACGUGGUCGUGACAUGGAAGAGGAGAGCGGUGAAUUCAUGCCUUUGAGUAAGAGGAUAAAUAAUCUCCACCUCAACAAUAUGGGAAUUCAGGAAGGUUCAUCCGAAUACCUGGAAUGGAAUGGGAACAACCAUAGUUUUGUUCCAUCUCCAAAUCACUCAGAGCCAUCACAAGGUUCCUCGUCUUGUGACGGCUACAGUUCCAGUCAUAGCAGUUACACAAUGGAAUACAGGCCAGAUCUGAGUGCCUCUGACAAUCCUUUCUACUACGAGAACAACAAACUUUUGUAUAACUUACACAUGGAGCGCCUGCAAAGAACAGAAAAUCUUUAUUGACAUCUGUGAACCUAGGCGCUAACACUAUGACUGACAUUACGGGUGCAGGCGCAUUUUGUUGUGGAUGUGUUUGUGCAUAAUGAACGAAUUUCAAUUUAGGCUAUAUAAAACUAAUUAAUUAUUAAGUUGAGAAAGUAACUGUGAAUCUGCACUUGCUUAAUUGACAAAUUUCAAUGUGUCAUUUUUGAACAAAUUUCAAAUGUAUAUGUAAAACUAAAAAAAUCUAAAAAAAGUCAUAAAAUUACAAGUGCUUGUACAUUAGAUAGAGAAUUACAUGCAGCAGCUACUAAGCAGCUUCUUGAUGUGCAGCUAGCAAGAUAAAAAUCAUUUUAGCACAUAACUUGUUAAAGAAGUUUUGUGUUAUAAUACAGAUUCCUAACUUUCAUUGAUCAUUGUAUAUUAAAAAUUACGAAUGAGUUUAUUUUUUCUAUUGUACAUGUAAUACGUAUUAACUUAUUUCAUUUCUGAUUAUUAGAUUAUUGUUAUAAUCACUCAUUGAACAAGAUGAAUUCCAAAUCACUUAUUAAAAACCAAAGAUUUUAAUACAGUAAACGUCAAUUUUGUUUAAAGAAAUCUUAAUCAGUCCAAAAUGAAAAAACUUCUUUAAAAUUUUAAGUGUACAAUUAUUAAAAAAAAAAAUCAUGUAAAAUCUAUUCGAAUAUCAUAGUUAUUAUAGUAAUGUAAGAAUUAACGAGUAUGGUAUUGCAGACCCAUUAUAGUGUUCGAUUUGUUGCUUAGGAACUCUUGAAUGCGAUUGUUAUUAAGUAUUUGACGUUGCGUUGCUCGCCAUGACGUGACUUAAAAGAAGUACAAGCUCAUUUGUUGAGCCAGUGAUGAAUCGCUUUUUAUCGAUGAGUGCGAAAGUGCAAGUGUAUUUCUUAAUGUGAUUUUGGGGGAAAUGCACAAAUCAUUCCGUCAUACACUAAAAAGCAAUACAAUUUUGUAAUUGCAUUGACAACUUUCGAGUUGUUGGUAUAAUCAUCUAGAUAAAUGGAUUUGUAUAGACUAGAAAAUUCUCAAUGCAUUUAUUUAUUCGGAAGGCUUGCCAAUUGGAUUUUAGUUUAUGAACGAUAAAUGAAUGACGACGGAAAUCAGGGCACAAAAUGUCUCGAAACGUUAUUAUUUUAAACAUCGUGAUUGCUGAUUUAUUUAUUGCGAAUAUUGCAGAAUCUUAAAAAUAUUGCGUAUAUAAAAAACAUUGAAAACUCGCGCUUCUCAUAUUUCAUACAAAUAAUAACAAUAAAUCACAGUAUACACUCAGAAGUUCUUACAAGAAUAUUCGAUACUAAGGAUAAAUCAUGCCAAGAUUCAGAAAUGUUAUUCGAUGAAGUAGCAUGACACGAAUCCUAAUGAUAAAGUGUGAUUUAUUUGAAAAAGAAUCUGUGACUGUGUAGAAUAUUUUCUAGUGGCUAGGCGAAGAAAAUGUAUUUUGUCUACUAAAAUUAUCAUUUAGAUUAAAAAUUACAAUAAGUGAUAAAGUACACCAAUUAUGUCUCAUUAAUUUGUAAAUUAAUUUGAAAGAUUAUUUUAAAAAUAAAAUAUCGAAAAUCAACGUACUACUACA